GAGAAGAAAGAGGUGGUAGUUAUAACUGGUGGUUCAGGGUUUCUAGGACAACAUAUUAUACGGGAAAUACAACAACAUUCAGCUAAUAUCAGUGAAAUACGUAUACUAGAUAUUAAACCUCCUGGUAAAUUCAUGGACUAUGAAGACUUUAUACCUAUUAAAACAAUACUGUCCAGUAUCAACAACUUGGCAUCAGUGUGCCAGGCACUACGUGGUGCUGAUAGUGUUAUACAUGUUGCAGGAUUAAUCAGUUAUGGUACCUUCCCUGAUUUUACCAAUAUGGAAAAAAUAAACGUUGAAGGUACCAAAACAGUAAUAGAAGCCUGUGUAAAAGAAAAUAUAGAACGCCUACUAUUCUGUAGCACAGUGGAUGUAGUUAUAGGGCAUCAAGAUAUUCUUGACGGUAAUGAAGAGACUAGUAUACCCAAGACUUUCCUAUUUCCUGGUUAUCCAGACACAAAAUAUAGAGCUGAAAAGUUAAUCUUGGCUGCUAAUGGAACAAAAUUGUCAACAGGUAAACAGCUUCAUACAAUAUCACUUCGACCCAAUGUCAUGUAUGGAGAAGGAGAUCCUUAUUAUGUUUCUACAGCUCUUCAAAACGCUGACCAAAAUAAGGGUGUAUUAAUACGUGUGGGGAAUGGGACUGCUUUGUUUCAACAAUCUUAUGCUGGUAAUGUGGCUUGGGCAUUUUUGUGUGCUGACACCGCCUUAAGAAAUAAUCCCUCACAAGUUUCAGGACAGGUGUUCUUCGUACCAGACAACACGCCCCUUCAAAAUUCAUUCCUGUUUAUGAACUAUUUCCUGACAUUACGGAACCAACGUUUAUCGUCUUUCUACUUACCAUGGAGACAUGUGUACGUCACGUUAUAUUGGUUAGAAUUAGUGCUCAAGGCAUUAUCUCCCUUAAUGAAACUCUCCUUACCGGCCCAGUCGUGUAGCGUUAAGUAUAUUAACAUGAAUUUAUAUUUUAGUUCAUAUAAAUCACGACAGUUACUAGGCUAUAAACCAUUUUAUACACCACAAGAAUCUAUAGAAAAAUCAUCUUUAUAUUAUAAACACUACAAAAAAUAA